CGGGGCGGCGCUGGAGGCGGCUCCGUCCGCGGCCGGGGAGGCGCAGGGGAGGAGGGUUGCAGGGCUGGGGCGUUAGCUGCGUCCCGGCUCGGAGCCCGCGAAGAGGACGAGGAGGAAGGCGCCGCGGUGGCCGCGGCUGCAGUGCUCUGGGAGCGACAAGCCAUGAGCAGCGGCCCCGCGGACUACCCCGCUGUCGCUGGCCGCCGCUGAGCCUGGCCCGGAGACCGCUUGCCGCUCCCCAGCACCCUCUCCUGCGGACACCCGAGCACCCAGAGAUUAACGAGGCUGCUUAUGACUAAACUUAGAGUUCUGGGAAUGCAGAUGUUGAAUGAAGUAACAUAUACAUACAAGAAACAUGAUUCCAGUGACAGAAUUCCGGCAGUUCUCUGAGCAGCAGCCUGCCUUCCGGGUGCUGAAGCCAUGGUGGGAUGUAUUUACCGAUUACCUCUCUGUGGCCAUGCUGAUGAUCGGUGUAUUUGGAUGUACUUUACAGGUCAUGCAAGACAAGAUAAUCUGCCUUCCGAAAAGAGUGCAGCCUGUUCAGAACCACACUUCCGUUUCAAAUGUGUCUCAAACUGUUGCCAGUACCACCCCACUGCCUCCACCUAAACCAUCUCCCUCGAACCCUGCCACUGUGGAAAUGAAAGGACUGAAGACAGACUUGGACCUGCAGCAGUACAGUUUCAUAAACCAGAUGUGUUAUGAGCGAGCCCUCCACUGGUACGCCAAGUAUUUCCCUUACCUUGUGCUCAUUCAUACCCUGGUCUUCAUGCUCUGCAGUAACUUUUGGUUCAAAUUCCCUGGCUCCAGCUCCAAAAUAGAACAUUUCAUCUCCAUCCUGGGGAAGUGUUUUGACUCUCCCUGGACCACACGGGCUUUAUCUGAAGUGUCUGGGGAGGACUCUGAAGAAAAGGACAACAGGAAGAACAACAUGAACAGGUCUAACACCACCCAGUCGGGUCCCGAAGGCAGUCUGGUUAACUCUCAGUCUCUAAAGUCAAUUCCUGAGAAGUUUGUGGUUGACAAAUCCACUGCAGGGGCUCUGGAUAAAAAGGAAGGUGAACAAGCAAAGGCCUUAUUUGAAAAGGUGAAGAAGUUCAGGCUGCAUGUGGAAGAAGGGGAUAUACUAUAUGCCAUGUAUGUUCGCCAGACCGUACUGAAGGUUAUCAAAUUCCUAAUCAUCAUUGCAUAUAAUAGUGCUCUGGUUUCCAAAGUCCAAUUUACAGUGGACUGUAACGUUGACAUUCAGGACAUGACUGGAUAUAAAAACUUUUCUUGCAAUCAUACCAUGGCACACUUGUUCUCAAAACUCUCCUUUUGCUACUUGUGCUUUGUAAGUAUCUAUGGAUUGACGUGCCUUUAUACCUUAUACUGGCUGUUCUAUCGUUCUCUAAGAGAAUACUCUUUUGAGUAUGUCCGCCAGGAGACUGGAAUUGAUGAUAUUCCAGAUGUGAAAAAUGACUUUGCUUUUAUGCUUCAUAUGAUAGAUCAGUAUGACCCUCUGUAUUCCAAGAGAUUUGCAGUGUUCCUCUCUGAAGUCAGUGAAAACAAAUUGAAGCAGCUGAACUUAAAUAACGAGUGGACUCCUGACAAACUGAGGCAGAAGCUGCAGACAAAUACCCAUAAUCGACUGGAAUUGCCUCUUAUCAUGCUCUCUGGCCUUCCAGACACUGUUUUUGAAAUCACGGAGUUGCAAUCUCUAAAACUUGAAAUCAUUAAGAAUGUAAUGAUCCCAGCCACCAUUGCUCAGCUAGACAAUCUCCAAGAGCUCUCUCUCCACCAGUGCUCUGUCAAAAUCCACAGCGCAGCUCUCUCUUUCCUGAAGGAAAACCUCAAGGUUUUGAGCGUCAAGUUUGAUGACAUGAGGGAGCUUCCCCCCUGGAUGUAUGGCCUCCGGAAUUUGGAAGAGCUCUACCUGGUUGGCUCUCUAAGUCAUGACAUUUCCAAAAAUGUUACCCUUGAGUCUCUGAGGGAUCUCAAAAGCCUUAAAAUCCUCUCUAUCAAAAGUAAUGUCUCCAAAAUCCCUCAGGCAGUUGUGGAUGUUUCCAGCCACCUCCAAAAGAUGUGCAUUCAUAAUGACGGCACCAAGCUGGUCAUGCUCAACAACUUAAAGAAGAUGACCAACCUCACAGAGCUGGAACUGGUCCACUGCGACCUGGAGCGCAUACCCCACGCUGUGUUCAGCCUGCUCAGCCUUCAGGAACUGGACCUGAAAGAAAACAACCUGAAAUCUAUAGAAGAAAUCGUGAGCUUCCAACACCUGAGAAAGCUGACAGUGCUGAAACUGUGGCAUAACAGCAUCACCUACAUCCCCGAGCACAUAAAGAAGCUCACCAGCCUGGAACGACUGUCCUUCAGUCACAAUAAAAUAGAGGUGCUGCCUUCCCACCUCUUCCUAUGCAACAAAAUUCGAUACUUGGACUUAUCCUACAAUGACAUUCGAUUUAUCCCACCUGAAGUCGGAGUUCUACAAAGUUUACAGUAUUUUUCCAUCACUUGUAACAAAGUGGAAAGCCUUCCAGAUGAACUCUACUUCUGCAAGAAACUUAAAACUCUGAAGAUUGGGAAAAACAGCCUGUCUGUACUCUCACCGAAAAUUGGAAAUUUACUGUUUCUUUCUUACUUAGAUGUCAAAGGCAAUCACUUUGAGAUCCUCCCUCCAGAACUCGGUGACUGCCGAGCUCUGAAGAGAGCUGGUUUGGUUGUGGAAGAUGCUCUGUUUGAAACUCUGCCUUCUGACAUCCGGGAGCAAAUGAAAGCUGAAUAACUUACUUUUCAUCAGAGUUUGACUGAAACACGCUUCUACCAAAUACAGUAUAAAUAAUUAGGUAGUCUUAAUGCCUUUCCUAUUUUAUUUUAAUUUUUUUUCUUUUUCACACAAAACAAAAUGUACACAAAGAUUGAGUAAGGAGUAUGUAUUUUUUAAUAAAAAUUUAAUUGUAUUUUUUCAAUCUUAAUAUUUUAAAGUUUUAUUUGUCUUGGAACCUAAUGUAUCUAUUAUUGUUUUCUACUGACAGAAACAGAUGGUUCCAUCUGUUUUUUGGUUUUAUUUUUUCAGUUCACUCUUGUGAAAGGGAGGGAAUUAUAAAUUGCAUGCACUUUGGCAUAUUUUAAAUGAAUGAAGAUUUUUUGCCAAUGUCAUUUUUAGCCCAUUUGCACCUGUACAGGGUCCUUAUUUUUCUUUUCAUCAUGUCUAUACCAAGGAACCUAUCCUAGUUAGUUAUUUUAAUAACAGUUGUCUCUUCCAUUGGCCAAGUCUUUCAUUCUACAGAAAACUCUUCUCUGAAGUAUAAAUUCACGUAAGUCCUUUGUCAGAGUAUUAUUUUUAAAAUUUGCCCCUAAAUUGUAUUAUUUCAAAUAUCAACAGUUACAAUUAUCCUUAGACAAGGAUUUUGUAAGUUCAUGAAGAAAGCAAUCCUUAGUGGUUGGCAUGCUUGAACUGGUGAUUUAUAAUUCAACUGAUUUGCAUUUUCACCAACCUCCUUUUUAAAAACAUUUAAAAACUAAAUACAAAAGCACCCUCAUUUCUUUAAUUGCAACAUUGCUAUGUAGUACUGGUGAACAGCCUUAGAGAAAUUAGAUUUAUUUUAACAUCCAAAUAGAUAAUUAAAUUUAAAAAUCAUAGACUUAGAAGCCUGUUUUUUGAGUAAUUUAAUCAUCUUUGAUAUCUUGAUAUGCAGAUGCAUCAGAUUAAAAAAAGUCACUACUAAAGCACUCUGUUGAAGAGCUGGUAUAUUCCAUUCAGCUCUCCCUUCCUCCAGGCACUGUGGCAGUGGUAAUCUAUCCAAAUCCUGCCUGUUUCACAAAAUAAUACACUUCUAUAUAUAUAUAUAUAUAUAUAUAUAUACACACACAUGUAUAUUUAUUGAUUUCCCGCAAGCCUGCUAGUGGUACAACACAGGAACUCUGUCUGCUCUCUGGCUUAAAACAUAUCUCAUCUAAAAUGGUUCUGUUAACUUUUUUAGAAGUGUGAAUAAAGUGCUAAGUGGUGUCACUUAGCAAUAAUUUUUGCCUGAUGAUCAGCAGAGUUUUCAUUUACCUUUGUGCUUAAAAUCUAACAUAGUAUGGGGACUUGGGCUAAAUAUUUCACUGGCUGAUCGAAUAAAGCUUUGUAACUUAAUAGCAAAAGAAAGUAGGAAGAUGAUUUGGGGUUUCAAAAUGCUGUUUUUUAAAAAUUGCUUCUUGAUCCUGGUGAAUUUGCCCAAUGCUACUGUAGCUGUGUACAGAAGGCAGCUAUGGGAAUUGCUCAGCAGACACAUGUACCUCGGUUGUGUUUUAAACAUUCAGAUACAUCAGGGGGUGAAGGAUUAAAGGGAAAGAUGCAUUUUAUUUGUUUAAUAAUUCAAUCAGAGAGACCAGACACUUCACAUUUUCUGUUCUAUGUUGAAGUUUCAGAAUGUGAUUUCAUAUAGCUGAUUUAUUUAGACCAGAAGUUAAAAUAAUAAUGUUUUGAAAUAGUAACAUGGUUGUAGUUCUUAUAUGAUGAAAUAUUCAAUUCCAGAAUAUUGGGAUCCUGAUUAUGAACAGUGUGUUUUAUUUAGAAACACAGCCCUAUUUGUUUUAAACAAGCAAUUUGUUGGCAGGUUGUCCAUGGUUGAACAUGACUAAAAUACCCUGUUGAAAAGCAAGCUUAGACACCUGAUGGCAGAACACUGUGUGCACUGUUUUUCUUGAUUGAAUUGUACGGUUAUUUUCUAUAUAACCCUUCAAAAGGGAUCUAUUCAGGUUAAAAUCAUAUUUAUGCUGAAGUAUUUAACUGGUAAUAACUAGUAACCUCAUAUGGAUUCCUAAAUGAAAUAAGUCACUCAUAAUUGGCUUUUAUCACUUGAUCAAAAUUCCAAAAGAAUUUGAUUUGUUUUCUUAAUGAUUUUACAGACUGAUUCCCAACUUAAGUUGUAAAUAACACUCAGAAAAUCAGUAUAGUUCCACGACUUUCAUGUUUUAACUAAGAGGGGAAAUUCAUAGAUCUUUCUAUUAGAUUUUAUAAAGUCAAGUCUAAAACACUUAAUUUUGAGUCUAAAUUUUCUGACUCUGGCCCUUUUAAUAUUGUGAGAUUUUGUUCACAUUCUUAAGUAAAAAGCAUUCAAUUACUAUUUAGCCUUUAAAUGGGAAACUCAGGUAAAUGAACUGCUGACUUUUCUAAAGUUCUUUAACUGAUCAACUCAGUGGACGGAAGUAUUUACCUAAUCACUUUCUGUGUUUUCCAAGUGCUCUUGCUAAAAUUUGGACAACUAGCUAUCUUUCUCCAGCCUCUAUAGAAUUCACCGAGUAACUGCUGUGUAAAUAUAAAAAAAGCAUUAUAUGUAUUCUUAACUCCAGUGGCUGCUUGAACCUCAUGCUGGGUAAGCUUUUUGUUGGUGAGUUUUAUUGUUGAAAUGCAGAGCAGAAAUAAUUGUUUGGAGGUAGUCUGAUUGGAAAAAAUGCAUCCCAGUGGAACCCCCCUCAGAACACCUCGCCUCAGAAAACUAUUGUGUCUUCUACUUAUGUGUUGGGGUUUGUUUUGUUUUUAACACAGCAUAUUUUAAUAUGGUUUUUGAUACAGUAGAAUCUGUUAUUUGCAAUGAUCAAAUUUUCUUACUGUUCAUCUAUCUCUUUCCCUGUCCCUGUAUUCCCAGCUAUUUUAAUAAAUCCUAAUAAUUCACAAGGUAUCUGGUGCAGCAGGUAUUGAUUUCUCAGAAAAGCUGAGAAGAGAUGCCUGCUGCAAAUACCUGCUCGUUUCUAGGCACCUCCUUACCUGGCUCGUGAACCUGUUUGUAGAGGGGUCUUAACAACCUGUAGUAUUCCUUGGGUUACUAGGGAUAAAGGAAGUCCAAGUUCUUACAAUACACUAUUUUAUGAUUUCUGGUGUUAAAAAAGAAAAAAAAAAAAAAUCUUUAUCUCUUAAGAUGUCCCCCAGUAGGGUUUUGUGAUUGUUAAUUUUCUACUAUAAGUAAAC